AGCUUGACGAGCCAGAGGCCAUUGGGGAACGACAAGACCCUGGCGACUGCGUCGAACCUCGCGCAGCUCCUUCCGACCGGCACCGUCCUCGCCUUCCAAGCUCUCUCCCCUUCCUUCUCCAACCACGGCAUCUGCUACACUUCCAACAGAAAGUUGUACUAUGGCAUGGCCACGUCCAAAAGCUUCAUUGUUUUCAAUUACCAGCCCUCUGAUGGGGAUCGAAGCAAGGUGUUGGAGCAAUUGUCGAGGUUUCGGAUACAGUGGUUGGACUACGUCCAUGCCUUCUUCUCGGUGCUGGUGUUCUUGGCUCUAACCUUUAGUGAUACCAAUAUACAGCACUGCUUCUUUCCAGAUUCUGGGGCAAACUCGAAGCAGCUCCUCCAGAAUUUGCCGCUUGGGGCCGGGUUCUUGUCGAGCAUGGUGUUUUUGAUCUUUCCAACCGCUCGGAGGGGGAUUGGAUAUUCGAAAACGGCGCCUCAUUCACAGUAAACGGUUUUGGUUAUUAUGUUCGGAUCCUUUUUCUAAUAGAUGUUGUGAAACGUAAAGGAUUUACUAUAAGAUUAGCCUAUAUAUAUUCUUUUAGGAGGACUUUAUAGAAAUGGGCAUCGGGCCAUGCCGGAUCCGGUCCGGCCCAGGCCCACCGGGCCACAGACCAAACGGGCCAUGCCUGGCCCGGCCUGUUCUUAAACGGGUCGUGCCUGGCACGGCCCGCUUAACCUAAAGGCUAAGCCCGGUACGGCCCUAGGCCCGUGGGGUGGCGAGCCAUG